AUCAUUUGAUAAAUCAAAGCUCAAAGGUUGAUGUGAGAGCAAUACCUCUUACUUCCCGGCAAGGCUUGUAUGAUAUCAGAUCAAACAUAAGAGGCUAGUCUGGUGUAUAUUUUUUUAAUUUUGUUUUUGUGAUACAGUAUAAUUAUGUAUGCAAUAGUUUUAUUCGAUGAAACUAAUACAACAGAUUAUGUGCCACUAACUUGGAUAAGUGGAGUUGACAUCAAUUCACUUGCAUCCAGUGUUAAAAAUAAAGUAUCUGUUAAAGUCUUUUGGCCAAAUGGUAAAAAUUUAAAUCCAACUAGUAUUGCAAAGGCUAAAAAUAAUCUAAUGGAUCCGGAUGUGCAUUGGCCUUUAUUUACUGCUAGAAUACUAGGAAUUGCAGACAGUCUUACUGAAGCACGGUCAAAAGCGAAAAGAGCCGAGGACACCUCCAACCUAGAUACAGCAGAAGAAAAUGCAUUGAAACGUGUUAGAAGGUGUAAAAUGAUUAGUUCUUCUGAGAAUGAAGGAGAAGAUUAUGAUCAGAUUAUACCAAGUAAAAAGAAAACUUGGCACAAAAAAAGAACACCCGAUAAUUUUUGUGUUACUCAAGUAGACAAACCUACUCCACCAUUUAUUCACAAAGAGACUCAUUCAAAAAAAGAAAAUUUGCUGAAUCUUUAUGGAAGUGAUAUUGAGUUGAGCAAUUGCGAGUCUAAUGUUUUACCAGCUGCAAGACUAGACUUUGAAAUAGACAAAUGUAACAGUUCAACAUCAAAAUAUUCUCAAUCGAAAAGUAUAUUGAUAGAUUCUGCCUCUUUUCAAAACAAAUCAUCACCUGUUCAAACAAUUAAUCAUAAGUUAUUAACAGGUGAGUCUGUAAAUCUACAGAUGAUUGCUAAUUUAUUAGCAACUGUAAUUAGUAAUCAGGAAGAUAUAAAAAAAGACUCAAGCAAUGCAUACAGCACAAAUUCAAUCUAUCCGCCGCAAACUUGAUUUAAAUGAUCAUAUCUCUCCAGAUCUUCCAGAAGGUAUUCCAUUACCAGCUCCAGUCAAUGGAAGAAAUAGAUAUUUUAACACAGAAGCUGGAAAAUCCCGGAAUAAAGAAAAUAGUUGCCAAACAUAUUGCUGAUAUUGGUGGAGAAAAUUUGAGAAAUUUUAUUAUGAGGUCAAUGCCCAUGCUGCUAGAUAGCCUUGUUGCUCGUAGCUUCAAUUUAACUGGGCAAAAAGGAAAACAAUCGUUUAAAACAAAUGCACUUCAUUUAGUUCUUUGUAGUGCUGUUAAAUUAAAUCCUAGCACAAAAAAUUGCACGCAAAAGGAAAUCGAAACUGAACUUUCAACCUGGUUUGCUAACUCACGUGAUCGUGGAAGUAACAGUCGUAGAUCUGGUAAAGUCGCUGUCAAUGUUAACUCGACUGAACUAGAUGCAGAUUAUCCUACUUCGUCAGAAAAUAUGGACAAAUUUGUUUAAGAUUACUUUUUAUUAAAUAAAAAUAGCUUACAUUA